AUGUCUGAGAAAAUUUUCAUCGAAAAUGAUGACAAAAAAAACCUCAAGCGCAAAAUGGAGGAUUUAGAGCCAAAGCAUGAGAAGUCAAAGGUAAUUCCACAAACCUCUGAAUCCGAUGUUAAGGAUUUACUUACUCUGAGGCUUGGCAUUCACACCAAGUCCACUAUCAAAUCCUUAGAGAUUGGUGAACAUUCAAGUUCAUAUAAAAACGCUGCCGAUGAACCUUUACCUGAGCAACAAGUGAGGGAAUUCCUUUGUCAUUAUUGUGACAAGAAAUUCUCCACUUCUCAAUCACUUGGAGGACACCAAAACGCUCAUAAGCGUGAGCGUGCCUCCAAAAAAAUGGAAGAAGAAAGGAGAAAGGUGGAGGAAAUGAAUCAAACCCUAAGGUUUAGCUAUAGUAAUCAACUAUACCCUUAUCAAUUUCCAAGCCCUAUUCCCUAUCAAGGGUAUUCAUAUUUACAUAGUGCUAACUUGAACUAUCCAAUUAGCUCCCAUAUUAACAAUAUCAUGCCUUCUUGGGCCAUUGGUUCUCCUUCUAAUGGCUAUGGAGGGUUGCAAAUUCCAAAUUCAUCCCUCACAAUACCACAAUUUGGGAUGACUGACUUUAGGGGUGGAGGUCAACAUGUUGCAUUGCAAAUUCCGCAAAGGUCAAACACUAUGGGUUUGAGACUUUUUGCUCAAGAUAAUCAAACCCCUUCAAUUGCUGAGAGUACAGAAAGAAAUUUCAAUGCUCAGUUUCGUUCUCAAACUCUUCCAUUGUUGUCUCAUACCGAUCCUAUUGGAGGCGACCAAAUUCAAAUAAAUCACAACAUUUCUUCACCACCAACUCAAUCAACCUCAGAGGCACUAAACUUGAAUCUCACCCUAUAA